UUAGAAAAGAAACGUCAAACGCUAAAAAAAAACGUCAAAUGUACGUCGGGUUAACUAGAUUUAUUACAUUUUAUUACAUCAUUUUUCUCCACAAAAUCCGACGCAAAAAACAUUGACAUUUCCUACGCAUGGCGAGUUGUGAGAUAUCUGCACACGUGAGCGCGCGUCAGAGGUGAAAGCGCGUUGUGAGAGACUCGCACAAGAUGUGUUAUUUUGAAGGUGCUGCUGCUGCAUAAAUAUAUAAGACAAUGCCCGUGAAUUUGUGGUGGUGUAAAAAAUAUGUGUGGUGUAAAAAUUAGCAAUUUCGAAAGUUUAAUCAUCAUUUUUCACGAUAUUAAACUGUUGGGACGUUUUAUUAUAUUUUUUUGCGAGUGAAGAACAAACCAUCCGGAAGGAUUUAUUGUGAAUCUGGGCGUGGACAUGGUGUCUGUGGGAAGAGUGAUUAAAUAUGGAAUUUUCGGGACAACAAUCCUCGGUAGUGGCUACAGUUUGCACGCCAAUGACUACAACAUCAACUCCGUGGCACUGGUGCGAUUGGCUAAUGCUGCCCUAGCCAUCAAGGAUAUUGCGUGGACGUACAAGAAGCAGCUGUACUACCGAGAGUGGGACAAGACAACGGAGGAGUAUGCUGCGCAGAAGAGUGUGUGCCACAAGAUUGCAGCUGAGAGGCUCCUGAAGUUGAUUUGCACAAAUCGUGGGGUUUACAUUAAGGUUGGGCAGCACAUUGGGGCACUAGAGUACCUCCUACCGAGUGAAUUUGUUCAAACAAUGAAGAUUCUCCACAGCAAAGCACCCCAGAAUACCGUUGAGGUUCUCUACAAAGUCAUCCGGCAGGAUUUGAAGCAAAACCCCGAAGAAUUGUUUGAUGACUUCGAAGCUGAACCCCUGGGGACGGCAUCUCUUGCCCAGGUGCAUCGUGCUAAGCUGAAGGAUGGUACAGCUGUUGCGGUGAAGGUGCAACAUCCCUAUGUGCGGGGAAAUUCAAUUGUUGACAUGAAAACAAUGGAGAUUUGCUGCAAGGUGAUGGCAUGGAUAUUUCCGGAUUUCAAUAUGCAAUGGCUCGUGGAUGAGUCCAAGCGGAAUCUCCCCAUUGAAUUGGAUUUCCUCAAUGAGGGACGCAAUGCUGAGAAGAUUGCCGGGAUGUUCAAGGGGUACAAAUGGCUGAAAAUUCCCAAAAUUUUCUGGAAGUACUCAACGGAUCGUGUCUUGGUGAUGGAGUACGUUGAAGGUGGUCAAGUGGAUGACAUUGAGUACAUGAGACGUCAUAAAAUUGAUCCUGUGCAAAUUUCCAACUACCUCGGUGUCCUGUAUGCCAAUAUGAUCUUUGUUAAUGGCUUUGUUCACAGUGAUCCCCAUCCGGGUAAUAUUCUCGUUGCAAAAACAGAUAAAGGGGAAACGCAGGUGAUGCUACUUGAUCAUGGGCUGUAUUCCACACUCUCAGAUCAAUUUCGCUACGAUUACUCCCAACUCUGGCUCAGUAUCUUGCGUGUAGAUCGGCUGGCAAUGCGGCAGUUUAGUGAAAAAUUGGGAAUUCGUGGGAAUCUCUAUGGGAUAUUUGCGUGUAUGGUCACAGGGCGCCCCUGGGAAGCUGUCGUGGCAGGGAUAGUGCGUACAAAGCAAUCAACAAGAGAGAAAAAUCUAAUUCAGAAGGAAACCUCAUUGGUUCUACCGCAAAUUGCUGAUGUACUCGAGCAUGUGGAUCGUCAGAUGUUGCUGAUUCUCAAGACAAAUGAUCUCAUUCGGAGUAUUGAGACAACACUUGGGACACAAAAUCGUCAAACGGCCUUUUCCGUCAUGUCCAGAUGUUGCGUACAAACUGUUUUCCAGCAGAAGCAUGCUCAAACCACAUCCGAAUGGCGAAGAUUCACACUCAGGCUCCAGAGAACACUCAUUGAGCUCAAAAUGUCCCUCUACUAUGCCUACCUCUGGGUAAUGAACCUCAAAUUCUGGUCAUGAUGCAGCAAAGUCUCAUCUAAAUCUAUCAAGGGAAGAAGAACAAGGGAUCAAGGGAAGAAGCAUAAUUAUGUAAAUUUAUGUAUAUAUGUAAAGAAGAUUGAGAGGGAAGCAAGGAAAGAAAAAAAAAUCCAUUUUUUCAGCAA